CAGUCAAGAAAGAUGCCACUGCGACUAUAUAUAAGUGUCCAGCAGCAAAUCCUAGGUAGACUGACAACCCAAGACGCUGUGAUUCUCCAACAACCGUAAAGAAGAUAUCAGUACAGCCGAUUCGACAUGUGGACCUCUUCUCUCUUUCAGCCUUCAUUCAGCUCGCCCUUGACUAUCAGAGUUCCCGUCAGUGCGCUGUGGCCUCAAUCGCAGAGCAUCUGUACUCAGAUGGAGAACGAAAUGGCGAGGCAGAUGGACAACAUGAGGAGAAGUGGCGACCUGAUGAAUCAGCUCCAGCAUGUCUUACGGAGAGAGAUCGUUGAUACAGAGGCAGCUCCCAGAUCGGCUGCACGUAGAGCACCUUCGUGCAAGGUGGAGAAGGACGGACAGCACUUCUCUGCAACUCUGGAGGUGGAAGACUUCACUCCCGAGGAGCUGACAGUUAAACAGGUGGGAAGGAAAGUCCUGUUGAGCGGAAAAAAGGAAAAAAAAGAGGAAAGAGAAGAGGGAUUCUACAGCUACAGAUACCAGGAGUUUAGACGAGAGCUUGCGCUUCCAGAAGACGUGAACCCUGAGGAGCUGAGCUGCUCGCUAAACAACGGACAGCUGCGCAUCGAAGUCCCAAGGAUGGCACUGCCCAGUGUGCCCGAGAGAGUGGUGCCCAUUAAAAGUGACGUCUCGGGGCGCCUUAAGAAUGGAGAGGAGGAGAAGGAGGAGUGAGAAGUGGGAUAAGAGAAAUUAUUGAAUCUUGGAAUGGACGAGUUUUUCCAGUGGACAUUUCAUGAAAUGAUGCAGAAAGGUUUCUGUCAUUGCGUUUGUUUAAAAUGCUGGCUACUUAUGCAGUAAACUUUACAUUUCAUUUAUAUGUUUUUCCUAAAGCUGUUUUCUAUCAAAAAGGUCUUCCUCUGACCGUCGUAAAUGGUAUUGGAUAUGUGAUGGGUUGAAAAUGAAAGCAAAAGUGAACGUUAAAUAGAUAAAUAGAUGUUAUGUACAUAGUUUGAGAAGCGCAUUGCAAUAAAAUGUUGAUUUACUUUUUUUUUGUGGUUGCAUGUUUCAGAAUAAAUGUGUCCUCCAUUCUCUCAAUCUUUAAAAAUAGAUUGUUUUCGGUUAUCAAUUUCUUAAUUUCCUCACUUCAUUGCCUGUAAAGUUUCAAACUAAUUA